AUGUCCUCCGAAAAGGAGACCCCAGGGUCUGCAAACUCUGCUCCCGUACUCGAUGUACCAGCCAGUUUAUCUUCAAACGAGGUUAGAGAUUCGGAUACCAACAUCCCGCAGAAGCGCGAGCGCGAGGUAUCUCUAGAGCCUGCUACCCCUCAUCCAGACGAUAUGGAGUCCGACUCGGUGCGCAUGCGCGAGAAGGUGUCGCACACCCCGGCAAAGAAGAACCGUACAUCCCUCCAAACCACCGUCGAAGAGCGCGAGGGCGAUAUCACUCCACCAUCGCAGGGCGACGCUGCCGAUAUCCAUCUCCCGGACGCGGAUAUUCCGCCCAGUGGUUCGCCGCCACACGAGUCCAAGAUGCGGCAAAUCAGCCAGGGCGUGGACGACCUCGAUGUUCGGCCAACUCCGGCACUCAAGACGCCCAAUGCCAUUGAGGCGACGCUGCCCGAGGAGAUUAAGGAGGCUGAGAUGUCCGAUGUGAAGGAUAGGCGCUCUGCCUCGCCCAAGUCGGAUGGAGAAUGCGGCUCCAAGCGCCCACGCGACGAACCGGACCGCGACGAGAACCCGCGACUCACAAAGCGGCCGACACCGCCUCCUGCGGUGGAGAAGACUCCGUCCGCUGAGGCCAAUGGUGCUCAGACCGAAACCACAUCGCAACCUAUGGCGACAGAAUCUGUCCCUCAACCCGUCGCAUCUGAAGUCAAGCCGGCAGCCUCGCCCGCACCAGUGUUUGGUGGCGGUUUCCUCGCUUACGCGUCUACCUCUUCGCCCUUUGCGGCUGUGAAGGGUCCUGCAGUCUUUGGCAACAAGGCCAAGAGUCCCUCUCCUUGGAGUUCUGGCGGCAACCCGGCUCUUCGUGCAGCUAGUCCAUUCGCUACACCUGCAGCUGCCAGUCCCCCGGGCUCGCCAAGCCUCCGUCCAGCCUCACCUGCCGCAGGCUCGCAGACUCCCGCGAAGCGCACUGGCUUCGAAGCAUUCGCCAGUACAACAUCUCCGUUCGCCCGCGCCAAAUCCCCAACACGUUCAAAGUCGCCUGUUCGACGCGUGAACUCUGCAAAAUCGGCUAGCGUCUUCUCGGCCUACACGGGCGAGAGCGCACAGGGGCUCUUUGCGGCGCCCGCGGCUAAGCGCGCAAGGGCGUCGUCACCUGCGGAUAAAGAAGAGAACGGGGACGAGGAGAAGGAGAAGGAUAGCAGUGGUUCGGGCAGUGACGAGAAGGAAGAUGGCGAUGCGAAGGGCGGCAACUCGUUUGGCUCUCUGCUGCGCACGCACAAGGAGGAGAAGAAAGAGGAUGACAAGCCGAUUGAUACAUCUGUCUUCGGCGCCGGCGAUGCGGAGAAUCGAGAGGAGGGGAAGGUACAAGCGUUCACUGGCGAAGAGGAUGAGGACGCGUUACAUAGCGCGCGCGGCAAGCUCUACGUUCUUGCCAACGAGAAGUGGCAAGAGAGGGGGAGCGGCACCUUGCGUCUCCUCGCGAAGACAGUAGAUAACUCCCAACCGCGUAUAGUCAUGCGCAAGGACGCUGUCCUCUCGCUCCUCGUGAACGCACCGCUCUUCAAGGGCAUGCACUGUACCGUCGCCGCCGACCAGCGCUACGUCCGCUUCGCUGCGAUCGAGAACGGCGCGAUGGUCCAAUACAACCUGCGUUGCAACAACGCGCAAGCCGCGGAGGACCUGCAGAAGGCCGUCUCAGCGUGGAUACCCGGGAACGAGGCCGCGCUCGCGAGGUGGAAGAAGCAGAAGGAGAUCAAGGGUAUGGUGCCGCAGGGACGGCGAUGA